CUGUUCUAUACAAUUACCCCCUAUCUGCAUAUAAAUUUUAAUCUCAUAUCACCUUGCAAUGAGCGCAGCCCAGGAACAGCAGCCGCCAUCGCUGGAACAGCCACAGAAAGCACAGGCCACCGGUGUGCAUAUUGACCGAGUGACCCAGCUGCAAGAUAGCAUCGACCAGCUUGGUCUCAUGCUCGUCAGCAGCCUCGACUACCUCCACAAAAAAGCCGGCAUGGUGCAAGUAGACCCGAGCAUCCCGGUAACGCAAAAGAACAUUAUGGCGGACGACGCCGACGCCUUCAGCGCACGGACAAAGGAGAUCGCCACCGACAUCUGCCGCCAGGCGAAGAAAAUCGAUGUGCUGAUUGAGGCGCUGCCCGGCAUUGAUGCUUCCGACAGCGAGCAGAAGCGCGAGUUCGAUAGACUCAAUGAGGAGAACCAAAAGGCAACCGAGGAAUUGGAGGCCGCGAACCGCCGGGCCGAGGAGCUGCUGGACCAGGUGAAGGCUAUUCUGCAGGCUAUUGCUGAGAACUCAGGGAAGGUCGCAGGCCUGGGGGCUUGAGUGAGUGCGUGUGGGAGGCAUUGUCGCCAGUACUGUGAAGGGUGGCCGCAAAACAAGCGUGAAAAGGGCUGGCCAGC